AUGAAAACUACAAAAGCACCGCCUACGGACCCCUCUUCGAGCCGGAGAGCUCAGCCUUUACGACAGACACGGAAUAAUCCUCCUAGAUCCUCAAUCUCUGGUUCUCGACCUUUUGGACCAAGAGGUUCGAUUGGCGGCGGUGAUGGAGUACCGAAUGUGGAUCAGACCGUCGAAAUAUUUCCCGCGAUAACCCAGUUCGCAGAUGCUAUAUCUGCGUUGCCAAAAGAACUUGUGCGACACUUUACAUUACUCAAGGAAGUCGAUGCGAAAGUCUUUGGGCCGGAAGAGGAGCUCGCAAGACUCGUCGACAUCGCGCUCAACACCCCACCCCCGACAGCACUCAAUUAUUCUUCCAAUUCAAGAUCUGCAUCUACGAAUGGACAUCAUCAUCUGUCUAGCACAAACGGUUCGUUAGCAAAUGGCAAUGGUGGGCCUGCGGGCAUGCUAAUGGAGAUGCAAGGGGAAUCGUUCGCUCCCGUCAAUCCAGCGUAUGCUAUUUAUCAUACUCCUAACAUGCCUAGAAGGCGGCAAUUCCAAUCAUGUGCCAGUUAUAUGCAAAAUAUGCUAGUAUCUCUCGAUGAGAAGAACCAUGUUAUCUCGACGGCUGGCGAAGCCUUAAAUAAACAACUGGCACGUCUCGAUCAAUGUUUCCCGCACAUUGAAAAAGAAGUGAGUGAGGAGGCACGAUACGGCAGUACUACACAUUGGGCAUAUCCUGAGAAUCGAACAUCUAAAACAAAUUCUGGUGGUAACUCCAGAAGGGACGCCCCUCCCGCAAAUAAUCCUAGUGCAGCGGCACAACAAGUAGCAGAAGAGCACGCUGCGAGGAGUGAUGCGAGGAAGCAAGCAUUGCUUGCAAGGAAAGGAGCCAAGAAUCAACAUGCAGACUCAGAUUUCGACGAUAGUCAAGAAGGGAGAAAGGCAGAUUCAAAUAAAAGACCUCAUGGAAACAGCAAAGCUCGAAAAGCUGCUACUACCGAGACCCCAACGGGCGUUGGACUUGGAAUAAUCAAUGGAAAUGGCACAAAUGGGAAUCCUCCGAAAAGGCGAAAGGUCGACAAAACUACAACUGCAGGCCCAUCAACGGAGCGUGUUCUGAAUGGAGUUUUUGGUACUAAUGGAACCGCCUCGAAGGGCAAGGCGGGGAGCCCUAGGUCAACCCCGGCACCGGAUGGAACCAAGAAACCCGCAAGAGCAAGAGCUGCUCCUAACGGACAAGCAAGAAAAAGAAAUAACACCGCAAACGCUGCAAUGUCGCCUUCAUUAGCAUCCUCUCCUGUUCGGAGCACAUUUCCCGAUAUAAAACCGCCAGUGCGAGCAUCCCCGGCUCCUGUCAAUGGCGGAAGGCCAGCUUCAGCAAGGGCUAGACAGAAUUCAGUACAAUCAGUUGCGGACACAGCACGGCGACCUCCAUCUUCAGCUUCGAAUAAGCCAAACGGAAAUGCACCUGGCACACCUGAUUUAGCAGUUGUUGCGAGUGUAACGGGGAAAACCAUUCCAGAGGUCAAGGCAACAAUGAAAGAGGCUGGCACAAAUGGCAAAGGGGAACAUCUCCUUGAGGAUGCUCAACCCCAAAACCCCGAAGUACUAGGCGGCAUCAUUGUUGGGAACAGCAGAGAGAGUAUGAAGCGAGAAGAGACUGUGGAAUCAAACGGAGAUGCUAUGCAGGGCAUUCAAUCAACAACGAUAACGACUACAAAGAGUGGCAGAGCAAGCAAACCAUCCACGCCAGCAAUGCCUUCUUUUGUUGAGCCAGUUCGCUCAAGAUCAUCGCGCAGCAUUCCUGACCCCGUGUCUACGGCUAAAAGAAGCCACAAGAAAGGUGCAGGUGCAGCCGCUCAACUCAUCGCCCAGCAAAACAUGGAACUCGACGAUACGACGAGUAGUGCGCAAGGCGAUGAUGAAGAUGUUGAGAUAGAUGCCGAUGAGCCUACCUACUGUUAUUGCAAUGGAGUUAGUUACGGCGAGAUGGUAGCCUGCGAUAAUGGCACUUGUGAGAAGGAGUGGUUCCAUCUCGAAUGCGUGGGCUUAAGAAUCGCGCCCAAGGGUAAUGCAAAAUGGUACUGUGAUGAUUGUAAAGAGAAAACGAAGAACAAGCGAUUCAAUAAUGGACGAUAA